UACACAUCCCCCCUUCUCGUUCCUCCGCUCACAGGGGAGGCUUUAAUAGGAGGGGGCCCAGGACCAGACGCGCCAUAUAAAUACAAGACCUUAAAUAGCAACCUCACACUAGACGGGACCCAGCAGACAUGGAGGCUGCGAGGCGACUACACUACAUCCUCAUCCUCCUGCUGGUGGCCCUCAGCUCCGUGGGGAGUCAGAACUCCAUAAAGCAGAAUGGGGACACUUUAUGUUCCACCACUGACCAGUAUCCUGUAGACUGUGAGGACGUGUGUGAGAACGGGGAGGAGGAGAGCGGCCCAUAUGUCAUCUACCCGGCUGGACCAGGCAUCGCGGUGCCCGUAUACUGCGACAUGAUUACUGAGGGCGGCAAGUGGACGGUCAUCCAGAAGAGGUUCAAUGGUUCCCUGAGCUUCUUCAGGGGAUGGAGCGACUAUAAGUCCGGCUUUGGUAGAGCGGACGGAGAGUACUGGCUGGGGUUACACUAUAUCUAUCUCCUCACGCUCCGCAACAAGUACGAGCUGAGGGUCGACCUGGGAGACUUCGAAAACAACAUGACCUUCGCUAAAUACUCCGAGUUUGCCAUCUCCCCGUACAACAUCAACCCCGAGGACGAUGGCUACACGCUGCACGUGGAAGGCUUCACUGACGGGGGAGCAGGAGAUGCCCUGUCCUACCACAAUGGAAUGAAGUUCUCUACAUACGACAGAGACCGCGAUGUCUACCUACAGAACUGCGCCGCCCUCUCCUCUGGUGGCUUCUGGUACAGGGCGUGUCACCUGGCCAACUUGAAUGGUCCUUACCUCCGUGGCGCUCACCUAUCCUAUGGUAGUGGUGUCAUUUGGUCUCAGUGGAGAGGUCUCUACUAUUCUCUGAAGACCACGGAAAUUAAGAUCAGACGACAGUGAUGUCCCUCCCCCCCACAUUGGCGUAGACUCGUAGAAUUUCGAGUGCACAUGAAAAUGCCAGGAUGUUCAUGUAUAUCAUGUAUUCUACCUGUAGCCUGAAUCUUGAAGCUUCCCAUGACUUGAUCCUUACCCAUGUCUGGAUGCUGUAGACCCUCUGCUGACCCCUCUGCUGACCCCUCUGCUGACCCCUCUGCAUGUCCCCGGCUCCUCAGACCUUGGUUUUGCCGUCACUGUUCAUGUUACAUAAAGGUUGUUGUAUCCCCUGAACUUAUAGUAAAUUCUCCCCAAUAUCAAUAAACAGUAAUGCCAUAAAACCUGCCUCAUUCUAUG